AUGGGCAAGACUAAGUCUACCACCAAGGGCAGCAAGGCCUCUGACCCUCUCACCAAGGUGAAGAACGCCGGUGUCACCAAGGCCUCCGAGAGCCCUAAGGCCAAGUCCAAGGCCAUUGCCAAGGACGUUGCCGUCAAGGGUUCUAAGGAGAAGAAGUCCAAGAAGAAGGUUGAGUCUGAGUCUGAGUCCUCCGACAGCAGCGAGGAGGAGUCCGAUUCCGACUCUUCUGAGUCCGAGUCUGAGGAGGAGAAGCCCGCUCCUAAGGCCGCUAAGAAGGCCGCUGAGUCUUCCGACAGCGAGAGCGACUCUUCCGACUCUGACUCUGAGUCUGAGGAGGAAGCCCCCAAGGCCAAGGCCAACGGUGCUGCCAAGACCAACGGCACCGCUAAGAAGGACUCUUCCGACAGUGACUCCAGCGAGGAGGACUCUGACGACUCUGACUCUUCUGAGGACGAGAAGACUGAGAAGAAGGCCGACGCCUCUUCCGACUCCGACUCCGACUCCGACUCUUCCGACUCUGAUGAGGAGGAGGAAUCCUCUGACUCUAAGGAAGCUUCUGAGACUGAGACCAAGGCUGAGGAGCCCUCCAAGAAGCGCAAGGCCCUCGACGACCCCGUCAUCCCUGGCAAGAAGGCCCGUACCGAUGUCUCUGACAAGAGCUCCACCCUCUUCGUUGGCAGCCUUGCCUGGGCUGUUGAUGACAACACUCUCUACGAGGCCUUCCAGCAGUUCCCUGACCUGACUGGUGCCCGCGUUGUUACCGACAAGCAGACUGGCCGCAGCCGUGGCUUCGGUUACGUCGACUUUGCCAACCCUGAGGCUGCUGCCGUCGCCCUCGAGGCCUCCCAAGGACAGGACCUUGCCGGCCGUGCCAUGAACAUUGACUUCUCUGGCCAGAAGCCCGCUGGUGAUGGCAACCACCAGGCUCGCGCCCAAGACCGUGCCCAAAGACACGGCGACACCGUCAGCCCCGAGAGCGAGACUCUGUUUGUUGGUAACCUUCCCUUCGAUGUUGACCAGGACACCGUCCGCGCUUUCUUCGCCGAGAUCGGCGAGGUUGCCAGCGUUCGCCUUCCCACUGACCCUGAGAGCGGUAACCUCAAGGGCUUCGGCUACGUCUCUUUCACUUCCAUUGACGACGCCAAGAAUGCAUUCCAGCAGUUAAACGGCCAGUACAUUGGUGAGGGUCGCAGCGGCCGUGCAGUUCGUUUGGACUUCGCUGGCCAGAAGCCUAACCGUGACGGCCCUGGCGGUCGCGGCGGUGGCCGUGGUGGUUUCGGUGGCCGUGGUGGUGGUCGCGGUGGCGGCCGUGGCGGCUUCGGCGGACGUGGUGGUGGCCGUGGCGGUGGCCGUGGUGGUUUCUCUUCCACCAACCGUGGUGGCAUGGGUGACUUCAAGGGCUCCAAGAUCACCUUUUAA